UGAACAACUCGUUGAUAAGCGUUGAAAGGGGUGAACCCAUCCACCCCUAUCAUAAACGAGAGAUCCAACGUCUUCAGCAUCGUCUAGAAACUCCCCCUUUCAAAGCUUUGAGCUGAAGUGGAAUAUGGCUCUGACCAACAAAUUUCUGAUCUUUUUAUCUUUCCAUCUAGUACUACAUUAUUGUGGAGCAUUGAACACUCAUGGAGCGUCGGAGGAGCGAAUUUCAUCUUCAACCUAUCUCGUGCAGGCCAACUCAGACUCUCUGCCUGUUCCGGAAAUGGUCAAAAAAUACGGUUACAAAUGUGAGGAGCAUGAGUAUCAGACAUCGGAUGGCUAUGUGAAUGUCCUACACCGACUUCUUCCGCAACAACCAGAAAGCCUUGCACGAAAAGCUGUUUUCUUACAACAUGGAUUACUUGGGACGUCAGCCGAUUUUGUUAUGGGCUCCCCGGAAAAAAGCUUGGGAUAUAUUUUGGUGGACAAUGGCUUUGAUGUUUGGCUGGGAAAUGCCCGGGGUAACAUCUACUCUCGCAAACAUAUCAACUUGUCCAUCAACAGUGACGCAUACUGGGACUUCUCAUUUGAUGAGAUGGGCAUGUUUGAUCUUCCGGCUGCCAUUCAUUACAUUCUGGACAGGAACACCAAUUCAACCCAACUCGACUACAUAGGCCACUCCAUGGGCACCACGAUGUUUUGGGUCGCCAUGGAUCAAAACGAAUCCUGGAUGAAAGCGCGAAUUCGCAUGAUGUUUGCAUUGGCGCCAGUAGCUCAAGUGCAACAUAUCCGGAGCCCAAUUAGACUUCUGGCUCCCUUUUCCAAUCAAGUAGAGUUCUUGUUCAGAAUCCUCGGAAUCCGACAGUUUGAGCCAACAACUACGGCAAUGCAGCUCUUUGAAAAAUACGUUUGUGAUGAGACCAUGUUCCAAUUGAAAUUGUGCGAAGACGCCCUUUUCUUGCUCUGCGGCUUUGAUCAAAAGCAAAUGAAUUUGACUCUCCUCCCCAUCAUAUUGGGGCAUGAACCUGGCGGUACUUCGACUAAAACUAUAAUCCAUUUUGCACAAAUGGUUAGCUCCAAAGCAUUUCGGAAAUUUGAUCUCGGAUAUUUCGGAAACUUAAAACACUACGGACAAUCAAGUCCUCCAAAAUACCAAUUGAGAUCUGUUGCUUUGCCAGUAACAUUGUUGUGGAGUGACAAUGAUUGGCUGGCAGAUCCACAAGAUGUUGACCAAUUGGUGAAGACGCUGCCAAACAUUCAAGAAUCGUAUCAUGUCCCUAUGCCAGAAUUUAACCACAUUGACUUUUUGUGGGGUCUGAAUGCAACUGAGUAUGUUUACAAAAAAAUAUUGCUAACGUUGGACAAACGUACUUGAGCUAAAACGAAACCAUUAACUGGAUGAUUAAGAUAAGCAUUGAUUUA